AUGGAAAUUGCUAGCAGACGGAAUUUUAUAUCAAAGAAGGAGACUUCUUCAAAUACCAGGUUCAUAGUAGAUGAACUUAACUACGAUAGGGAUGAGAUGUCUGCCAAGUGCACAAAUUUGCUAAAUUUAAUGACAGAUGAACAAAAGCAGGUGAAUGAUGUAUCUACAUGUAAUAUUAAACAAGAAAGCUUACGGGCAAAUUUGCUUUUGCAUACUAAAUUGAUUAUAUGGGAUGAAGCGCCCAUGUUGAAAAAAAUUUGUUUUAAAGCCUUGGACAGAACAUUGAGGGAUUUGAUGAGAGCACAUGAUGAAAGCAACGUAGAAAAACCAUUUGGUGGCAAAAUGGUAGUGCUUGGAGGUGACUUUAGGCAGAUUCUGCUUGUUAUUCCGAAAGGGUCCAUACAAGAUAUUGUUAAAGCUACCAUCAAUUCAUCUCAAUUAUGGAAGCAUGGUAAGGUGUUGAAAUUAACUGCAAAUAUGAGAUUAAGAAAUGUUGGAUCCCUAGAACUUGCAGCUGAUAUAAAGGCAUUUGCCGAUUGGAUUCUUCAAAUUGACAAUGGUGGAUUUGAAUCGAAUGAGAGUGGAGAAGCUGAUGUAGACAUACCUACAGAUCUGUUAGUUGAGCCAAGUGAUAAUCCUAUUCUUGAUUUGGUUAAUUUUACAUAUCCAUAUCUCUUGACUAACAUGAAGGAUUACAAGUUUUUUGAAGAGAUGCAUAUUGUGUCCGACUCUUGA